UUCUCGGCUUUCGCGAGGGCGCUGGCGACCUGCGCCGAUUUCUUUAGUGCUGAUGAUCCGGCCGGGCAAGGAGCUGCUCGCAGUCCGGCCCGGUGCGCCUGCGUGGGGCUCGGGCCGCUCUCGCACGCAGCACGCCGCGUUGCAGAAGGCCUCCUCCCGCGCCGACCGGCUGUGUCGCGGCCUGCUGUGCGCGCUGUGUCGCAGCCCCGGCCUGGACGUCCACUCGGGCCGUGUGCUGGGCCUGCUGGAUGACGCGCCGCUGCUGGGCCAGGCCAGCGCCAGCCUGCUGCGCUGCGCCCGCUACAGCCCCGACCCGCACGCCGCACAGCUGCUGGCCUUCGCGCCGCACCACGACCGCGGCGUGCUCACGCUGGUGGCCAGCGCGCAGGAGCAGGGGCUGCAGGUGCGGCUGCCACAGCAGGGACAGGGGGCGGGCGCUGGGGCUGGUGCGUGGGUGGACGUGCCGCUGGGCCCUGGCCGCGUGGCGGUGCUGUGCGGCUACAGCCUGUCAUACGCCCUGGGCGGGCUGCUACAGCCGGCGCUGCACCGCGUGCGGCCUGUGGCUGUAGCUGGCAGUGGCGGUGCGGGUGCAUCAGCUGCUACUGCCGGCAGCGGCCGUGUGAGCCUGGCGUAUGAGCUGUGCUUCCGGCCCAACGCGUGUGUGGACCCAGCCGCCAUCACCCAGGGGGCGGCGGAGCAGCUGCCGGCGGCGGCAGCAGCGGCGGCUGGAGAGGGCGGCGCCACAAGCAGGCCUGCGCUGCUGACGUCCGCGCUGAUGGAGCGCUUUGAGGCCACUCACCCGGUGUCCAUCAACGGCAGCGUCCGCGUGAAGCAGGCGCAGCCGCGGGCGCAGCAGGAGCCAGCGGCUAGGCGGCAGCGGGAGGAAGCUGAUCUAGUGUCGGACGGGGAGGAGGGGAAGCAGAAGCCAGCGGCCGCGGUGGCAGCGGCGGGGCGCAGCGGCGCGCAGGCGCAGAGGGCGGCGGGGCAAGGCUGGACUGCUGUGGCGAACGGCGCUGCUGAGGGACCUCAGGGCGCUAGCCAAGCGCCGCCCAGCGACGCCACCGAGCAGCAGCAGCAACGCCGGACAUCGCUGCGGCUGCAGCAGCAGCAGAACAGCAGGCAAAAUGCUCCUGCGCCGGCUCUUACCGGCGUUGGUACAGUGAAGCCAGUUGGCACCAGCGGCGGCAGCAACGGCAAGGAGCGGGAGCAGCAGGCGCCUGCCGGUGCCACGGCACGCCACGACGCAGGGGCAGCAGCAGCCAACGGAGGUGCAGCAGGUGUGUCGGCGGCGGCAAGGCGGCAGCGAGAGGAGAACAGGACGGCGGCAGGGGACGAGGCACCCGUGGCGAAGCGGGGCCGCCAUGACGGCGGGGCUGUGGUGGAGGGUGAGCAGGCUGGCAGCCCGGCUGUCGCGCCCACUGCCCUGUCGCAGCCGGCGCCAGCAGGCGGCAGCGGCAAUGGGGGGCAGAUGGAGGCGGCGGCGGAAGGGCAGCAUGGCGACGACAGGAUCAACAUCAUUAUCAAAGGACAGGGUGGCUCGGAGGUGCACUUCAAGGUGAAGCGGUCAACACUUGUGGGGAAAGUCUUCGACGCCUACUGCAACAAGAAGGGCCUGGACGUUACAACGCUGCGGUUCCUUUACGACGGGAUCUGCGUGCUGGAUAACAUCACAGUCGCUCAGCUGCCGGGCGUGCAAGACGGCGACGUCAUUUAUUGUUGGCCUGCACAAGUUGGCAACUAGGCUCGGGACUUCUUGCCGGCACCAGCGCCGCUUUGCCGUCGGUGCGCUGUGGCAUAUGGUAGGGUAUGCUGGUUACGGAACGAGCAUAAAUGGCUUGAAGGACCGGCGUUGAGGGUGCUUGUAUGUCCCUGUGGCGCUGUGAUUGUGGACAUUAGGUUGGUGCGUGUGCGAUAGCUGCUAGAGGCGGCGUGUGGAUGAUAUUGUGGUUCAGCCGCCUGUGUGCGGUUUGGGUUGUUCGGCUGAUGGUGAGGGGCCGCUGAUGUGCAGAGCGCCAGGGUUUGUCCAGUCAAUGCACAGCAUUGCAGCAGGGACGCACGUAGCAAGGGACCCAUGCGCACAGGAAUAGCGGUAUGAGUCGACUAAUCAGGACCGAGCCAGCAUGGGUCAUUGAACGUCGAUGGAGGGUGCUAUGCGCAUUGAUUGGGUGGUACGUGGAGGACAGUCCGUGCAGGCGGGUGGGAGGGGACAGUUCGUGCCGGAUGGGUUGGGUAGACUCUGUUGGGCAGGCACUGUUCUCAAUGCGGGAUCCUGUGCGUGCGGACCGUUGCAGGGGGAGACUGGGUUUUGGGUUUAGGGUAGAGACUGGACUUGCUGUCCGGGCCAGAGAAGAGGGAGGAGGAAGGGGUUAACCCACGGCAAAUCUGCAGGAAUGUACGUAAUGGAGUGGACCGAGUGGUACAAAUCUUGGGUUGCUUGGUCGGUUAUUAGGCCAAGAAGUGGGUGCUGCGCCUGUGUCUGCGCGCCUGUGUCAUCCGGUUUUACAAGGGCGGGCUGCUGCGGCCGCCCAGCCCCUCGCCGCGGCAGUCGCGGGCGCUGCAGCAAAGCUGGCGGUGGAGGCGGCUGAGGGAGCAGCGAGCCUGGAUACCGAGAGGGCCUCAGGCAGACGUGUAGGUUACAUCCAGGAUCCAUUAUCCGGGCGCUGCUGGAAUGCUGGAUCUUGAGGAUGAUGUCUUGUUGACGGUCAAAGGCAGAGCAGUGUGGAUGCAAUCUCUUCAUCUCUUGAACUCUUGAAGUUUGGGAUGCAUGCACAGCCUUCCUGUAUGGUUCCCCCAAUGUGGGCGGAACUCGGAAGAUCUACAACACAAAAGUAUAUAACCGGAACACGCCCUGGGGCAUCUGGAUGUGACUUGUGCCGACUAUCCUGCUACACCCAAGCGACAAUAUCAGUACCUGCAGCAGCCCGCAUCCCCGUCACACAAUUCUGCAUGUCCAUUCUGCCAGGAUUCUGCCCAACGCAGUUCGUGCGUCUGCCGCCACGCGUUCCUUACCCCACAUGCCAGUUCGCUCCGACUCUCUCUAGCAUUUCAGUACCCAGCCUCUCUCUCUCUCUCAUCCCCUACGUUUCUCUCCCGCUCCCGCUUCUC